AUGGGUCACUCUAUAAUUUUUUGCAAUUACAGUUUCGUUGUGAAGGAAGGAGGCAGAAAUGGCGUUUACCUUCGCCGUCAAGAUCGCUCCGAUGACGGAAAAGCUCUCGUCCCGGGCGAAUGUGUGUCCCUCUCUAUCAGUGAAGCUAUUGGUCGCUCAGCAACAUGGGAAGGUACUCCUCCAAAAACCCUCACCGCUUCAAGGAGACGGAGAGGCGCCGGUAAUGUGAAGUGUGUAAUAGAAAAGAUCGAAACUCAUUCAAUAAUUGUGGAUUGGAUCACAUCUCCUUCAUCUACUAGGAGCCCUCCUAAAACUAUUCCUAAGAAUGAAUUGAACAAAGUCACCCGCAUUGAUCCUUCUGCAAAUCCUCGUCCGAGUACAUGUGAUCGUGUGAAAGUAGUUCCAGACGGGCUAUCAACGGUCUGCACAUUCAAGGAGUUCUUUUCGGAUCUGACUCAACAAUGCGGCGAUCGCUUCAAAAAGCUUCUUGCUAGAGAUGAUGAAGCGCUCUCUACUCCGUGUGAGAACUGUUCGAAAGCAUUACAAAAGGAUCUGAAGCAAAACACAACCAGUGUUAAAGCACCGAAAAUUGCCCGUUUGAGCAAGUCUUUGGAGCAAAUCAAGGAAGGAGAGGCUGUUUCUUCUCAAAGUACGGUCCCGUCUGAAGUAACGAUGGCUCAAGGCGAUGUGACGAACGUUGAUGAAGCCAUGUGUUCGUCGAAUGACAGUAGCGACGAUAACGACGUGCCAUCAGGUUGUGGGAAAUCAAGAGUCUCCGUUUCCCGUAGCCUUUUGCGGAAGCGAACACGAAAAUAUCCAACUAGACGACGAAGAUGUACCCCUUCAUUACCGGUAGGAUGUUCGCGCCUUGCUAAAGACAUUCUAGGUGACGGCUUUGUUGGAGAGGUUUGUUUUCUCACUUCGACAUUUCAUAUGUUUUUACUGUGAAG